UUAUUCUGUAUUUUUUGUUUUUAUUACGUCUUUUGUACAGUUUUAGUUUGUCCACCGAUCGAGCUUUCUAGCUAUUUGAGGACAAUAGCCGAAGCCAUUCUCUUCUGCAGAAGAGCACCCUGUUCCUCUCCUCCCUAUUUGGACCGCAUUUGUUCUAGAAUCGCUUCGUAUUCCAAAGCAGCUGAGAGAGAGAGAGAGAAUGUUCCAUCUCAAGAAGCCAUCAACAACGAAUUCACAUGACAGACCCAUGUGCGUUGAAGGAGACUCCGGACUUGUUCUCACCACAGACCCAAAACCCCGCCUCCGAUGGACCGUCGAGCUUCAUGAACGCUUUGUUGAUGCUGUUACUCAGCUUGGGGGAUCAGAUAAGGCCACACCAAAGACCAUCAUGAGAGUUAUGGGUGUCAAGGGUCUCACUCUUUACCAUCUCAAGAGCCAUCUUCAGAAAUUCAGGCUCGGAAAGCAGCCUCACAAGGAAUUCAGUGAUCACUCAAUUAAAGAUGCUUCAGCUUUGGAUUUUCAGAGAAAUACUCCAUCAUCCUCUGCAAUGACAGGCCGUUGUAUGAAUGAGAUGCAAAUGGAGAUGAAUAGAAGACUGCACGAACAAUUAGAGGUACAGAGACACCUUCAGUUGAGAAUUGAGGCUCAAGGAAAAUACAUGCAGAGUAUACUGGAAGCUUGUGAAACGCUUGCCGGUGAAAACAUGGCUUCAGGAGGAUGCUACACACUGGACAUUAAUAUUGGAAAUCAACUAGUUCCUGACAUCAUGAAAGAUUUUGGCCCUCCUUUCAACUUUUCAUCUAUAGAUCAGAAGCACCUCAACAUCAACAACAUAUAUGGUGGGGAUGUGCAACUCGGACUUCACCCAAAAAUGGAAAUAUCAUCCCCUGAUGAUGAUGAUGAUGAUGAUUUCUUGCCUCGGCUUCUCUCUAGAUGAUCAAAAGAUUCACAUUGCAGUAGCAGUGCUAUCUAUUGACAGGGGCAAUUGAUAUCGAUUGUGUAUCGGAGUCGGACAUGGUGGUUUUAUGAUAACAAAGCCAAAUUUAGCAGGUUAUGCAUGCUAUUGCUAGCUUUGUCUGACAAGAAAGAAAUUUGAUGCAUCUGCAAAGCUUGAAAGGCCCUGAUCACCACGAAGAGCACUACUUUAAUUUCAACCGACCGAACCGAAUGAAUCCUGUGAUAUAUUAACUAACACUAAUACCAUGCCACAAGGAAGAAACUCUCCAUUGGGGUGGUGAAGCUGAAUCGUACGUACGUGCAUUGCUCCUUACACAUACGUAUUACCACUGUCAUUCAUCCCACUUCAGAUAGAUAUACUGUGAUUGAGAUCAUCAUCUGUAGCAUGGCCCCAUAAUUUUUUGAGCAUUUCAAUACAACAACCCUAGUUUUUUUCUUUUAUUGUGAGAGGAUAAAUUUUAUAUUCAUAUUCCCCCUCCCCUUUUUCUCAAAUAAAACCGUUUCUGCCCCUGUUGCUUAGUGUGGUAUAGAGGUCAUGACAAGUACACAGAAGCAUGCCCGUAAGGUGACAGUAUCCUGGUAACUAUUGUCGCCUAAUUCCUUUGAUAUCACAAUUCUUAGCUGCUAUUCUUCAAAAUUACUGAUGGGCCCGGCCCAAGGCCCAACUCGGGUAAUGGGCCCAUCCUAGUUCAAGCUUAACUCAAAUAAUGGGUCCAGGCCGUCCGGCCCAAACAAGGCCCAGUGGAUCUGGCCAAGAAGAAACUCAGAUCUAGGCAAGCUCACCAGAGCCCAGUCAACGAUGC